AUGCAACGCGCGCGUUCGAUCCGGAAGUAGCCAUUUUCAAGCGUGAGAGCACUUGUCAGGUGCAUCUGCAUUUUUUAUCGAUAUGCAAAUUGCUUUUAUACGACCCGUCGUUUUUUGCAGUUAAACGAGGAAGACGCUUCUUCCCUGCCUCAAGAUACGUCUGCGUGAAACGACUCCCCCGCUGAAUCGUGCAUAAAAAUCCGUUUCGGAUCGAGCGCUCGGACGCGUCGUUCGGUACGAGCGGAAUUUUCGCGGGUGGCUCAGCGAGAAUGCAAAUUCGUAGAGGAGCGGCGUCCUCUUAUCCUCGAUAAGUGAAACGCACUACCGAAACCCGAUCUAGGCGUCGGGCAGUUUGCUAUGCGGCUUUUUUCUCGGGUUCUGGAAACGAGGACGGACUUAACCUCCCAGCGCAGGUGGCUCGUGUUUGGAAAUUCAAUUGUGAUUUCCUGCGAUCGCCCCAUAUGGUGAUCGGCUCUCGCUGGCAGCACGAAGCACCUCUGGCCGUCGUGAAAUCUCUCGCCUCUGAUCUCGACGCGACGCGAUGGCACCGCAAUUGCAGAUCUUGGCGAACAUUCUGCAGCGACUGGAAAACGUGGAGACCGUAACAACUGGCUACCUUUAUGGUAUUAUGUACAACGACACCCUCGUAGUUCUGACAUUCAGCAUAAGUUCGUGUAACGAUGAGGAUAAGAACGCAACGGAUUAUACCGCGCUGCAGUUGAAUCUACCUGCCGACAUAUAUUUCUGCGGCAUAUUGCAUAUUGGCGACUUUGGCGAGUGUGAAGAAAUCAAUCCAGAUGUUUUCAAGGACAUCGAUAUUACAGAUAAUCCCUUGCUUUUAAAAUAUUCGCGCACCACGUCGGACAUACAAGCGUACUUUUAUGUGCACCAAAAACUGGAAGCUGUAAAUAACCUCAGUAUUGUCAGCGAGGAUGAUCUUUCUCGGCAGUUUGUGUACAUCCGAUUGCAAGCGACUCUGCCAUUGAUUGCUCAGGACGGAAACGUAGCGGAGGCUCUGCAAGAGUCGCGAAAAAACAUCGCGUCUGGGAAAAUAGGCAUACAUUUCCCUUCGAACAACGCAUAUCUCUUCAGAACCGACGACAAUUUAAGAGAUACAACGUUGAAAGAUAUUUUAUCCGUGUCCAAAGACCAAGAGAAAUUUUCAACCGGUUCGAGUAAUGUAAAUCACAAUAUCGGACCUGUGAAUGUUAUACAUGCAAACAUGUUGUUGAAGAUAUCAAGUGAGAGAAAUUCCGAAGAGUCUGUCAGGUACGCUCCCGUCUUACAACACAUCAAAAAACCUUUCGACAGUUCGGAAUGCAAUGUACACAUCGAUGCGUUGUCACUGGUAAACUUGAAUGUGAAAUCAGCCGAGUUGCACGCGAUUCUAGUGGAAUCCACUUGCCGGAACAUCAGGUUGAUUGAGGUGCAACAAGAAAAUCAGUCUGAAAGUAUAAAGCUGCCCACAAUGUUACCCGAAGUCAUGCAUUUUAAACCUCAAGGCUGUGGACAUUUAUUUACAGUAGUAUAUCCUGGCAAUUCUACUAACGACAACGCAAAGGAAUAUCGCAAGGCUUUACACAAGGCUUUAGCGUUAGAUUUGACUAGACCGUAUUUUCGACGUGGAAAUGCCGUCAAACUUGACACACGGGAAAAUGAGAUACUUGUAAAUCCUCAUCGGGCUCUUUUACAUAAAGCUGUUGCAGGAAAACUUAGUAUCGUGGACGGUUUGUAUUCGUAUCACCAUUACAUGCAAAAUAGUUUCGACGACAAUGGAUGGGGAUGUGCCUAUAGAUCUCUCCAAACCAUCAUUUCGUGGUACAGAUUACAGGGCUAUAGUGAAAUACCAAUUCCAUCCCAUCGCAAGAUACAACAGUGCCUAAUCGAUAUAGGCGAUAAAUCUUUUGCCUUCCUUGGCAGUAGGCAAUGGAUCGGUUCAACUGAAGUGAGUUUUGUACUGCAGACUCUCCUCAACGUAGACGUCAAGAUACUGCGCGCGUCGAGCGGAGAGGAGAUGCUGGCCUUAAUCCCACAAAUUGCAAAUCAUUUUGAUACACAGGGCACACCUAUCAUGAUUGGUGGAGGAGUGCUAGCUCAUACAAUUCUAGGAGUUAGUUACGACGAAAAUUCCGAAGAGGGAAAGUUCUUGAUUCUAGAUCCACAUUACACGGGUGCCGAACACUUGCCUACCAUAAUAAAUAAGGGUUGGUGUGGAUGGAAAACAAAAGAUUUCUGGAAAAAGGACGCAUUUUACAACAUGUGCCUUCCACAAAGGCCUAUAGCCUUCUGAUGUUAAAAUGCGCACUGCAUUGUACAUAAUUUAAUUUUCUAAGUAUAAUCCAAGUAAAGUUCUCUACUACUCGUUCACAUUACACAUGCACAUAUGUAUAUGUAUAGGAUAAUUUUCGCGAUGUAUUGCAUCGCUGCAACAUUUGUAAUGUUUUGUUUUAAUCGUGCGAUACGUGCAACGGUGGAGUAAAAACAAUAAACACAUAUAUACAUAUA